CGGACCGAGGGUGUUCGCCGGAGGCUCCGCGUCCCCAGGGACGGCCCGGGCCCGUGGACGCGCCGCGAAGAGGGGCCGCGCCGCGGGCGGUGGGCGACGCGGGCCCUGACUCCCCCCAGGUCGGGAGGCGGAGGCCCCCGGAGCGAGCCGGGGCGGACUGCGGGGCGGGGCUGCCGCCCGCGAGUCUAGUCGAGCCACCUGAGCCGGAGCCGCAGGACGCCGCCGACCGGGUCGCGCGCCGCGAUGGGCCGGGGGAGCUGGCGGGGUGUGCCGCCGCGCCGGCCGCCGCUGCUCCCGCUGCUGCCGCUGCUGCUGCCGCUGCUGCUGCCGCCGCGGGCGACGUGGGCGCUCGGCCCCCGGGUCAGCCUGCCGCUGGGCUCUGAAGAGCGGCCCGUCCUCAGAUUUGAAGCUGAGAACAUCUCCAGCUACACGGCCCUCCUGCUGAGCAGGGAUGGCAAGACCCUGUACGUGGGAGCCCGGGAGGCCCUCUUUGCUCUGAACAGCGACCUCAGCUUCCUGCCGGGCGGGGAGUACCAGCAGCUGCGGUGGAGCGCGGACGCAGAGAGGAAACAGCAGUGCAGCUUCAAGGGCAAGGACCCGGAGCGCGACUGUCAAAACUACAUCAAGAUCCUCCUGCCACUCAACAGCAGCCACCUGUUCACCUGUGGCACAGCGGCCUUCAGCCCCGUGUGCACCUAUAUCAACGUGGAGAACUUCACUCUGGCAAAGGACGAGGCAGGGAACGUCCUCCUGGAAGAUGGCAAGGGCCGUUGUCCCUUUGACCCCAAUUUCAAGUCCACGGCCCUAAUGGUUGAUGGCGAGCUCUACACGGGAAUAGUCAGCAGCUUCCAGGGGAAUGACCCGGCCAUCUCCCGGAGCCAAAGCCCCCGCCCCACCAAGACCGAGAGCUCCCUCAACUGGCUACAAGACCCAGCCUUCGUGGCCUCAGCCUACAUUCCCGAGAGCCUGGGCAGCUUGCAAGGUGACGACGACAAGAUCUACUUCUUCUUCAGCGAGACCGGCCAGGAGUUCGAGUUCUUUGAGAACACCAUCGUGUCCCGCAUUGCCCGCAUCUGCAAGGGCGACGAGGGCGGCGAGCGGGUGCUGCAGCAGCGCUGGACGUCCUUCCUCAAGGCCCAGCUGCUGUGCUCCCGGCCCGACGACGGCUUCCCGUUCAACGUGCUGCAGGACGUCUUCACGCUGGGCCCCAGCCCCCAGGACUGGCUCGACACCCUUUUCUACGGGGUCUUCACCUCCCAGUGGCACGGGGGGACCACAGAGGGCUCUGCCAUCUGUGUCUUCACCAUGAAGGACGUGCAGAGGGUCUUCAACGGCCUCUACAAGAAGGUGAACCGCGAGACGCAGCAGUGGUACACCGAGACCAACCCGGUGCCCACGCCGCGGCCUGGAGCAUGCAUCACCAACAGCACCCGGGAAAGGAAGAUCAACUCGUCCCUGCAGCUCCCAGACCGCGUGCUGAACUUCCUCAAGGACCACUUCCUGAUGGAUGGGCAGGUCCGCAGCCACCUGCUGCUGCUGCAGCCACAGGCCCGCUACCAGCGUGUGGCCGUGCACCGUGUCCCCGGCCUGCACCACUCCUACGAUGUCCUCUUCCUGGGCACCAGUGAUGGCCGGCUGCACAAGGCCGUGGCCGUGGGCCCCAGGGUGUACAUCAUCGAGGAGCUCCAGAUCUUCUCGCCAGGACAGCAUGUGCAGAACCUGCUGCUGGACACUCACAGGGGGCUUCUGUACGCUGCCUCGCAGUCGGGCAUAGUCCAGGUGCCCGUGGCCAACUGCAGCCUGUACCAGAGCUGCGGGGACUGCCUCCUCGCCCGGGACCCCUACUGCGCCUGGAGCGGCUCCAGCUGCAAGCACGUCAGCCUCUACCAGCCCGAGCUGGCCUCCAGGCCAUGGAUCCAGGACAUCGAGGGAGCCAAUGCCAAGGACCUCUGUAACACCUCCUCGGCCAGGCCCCGGUCUUUUGUACCAAGAGGCGAGAAGCCCUGUGAGCACGUCCAUUUCCAGCCCAACACGGUGAACACCUUGGCCUGCCCACUCCUCUCCAACCUGGCCACCCGGCUCUGGCUGCACCGAGGGGCCCCGGUCAAUGCCUCGGCCUCCCGCCGCGUGCUGCCCACGGGGGAGCUGCUGCUGGUGGGCAGCCAGCAGGAGCUGGGGGAGUUCCAGUGCUGGUCGCUAGAGGAGGGCUUCCAGCAGCUGGUGGCCCGGUACUGCCCGGAGGUGGUGGACGACAGGGCGGCGGACCGAUCAGACCAGGGCGGCAGCGCGCCUGUCGUUAUUAACACGUCGCGCGUGAGCGCGCCGGCCGGUGGCAAGGCCAGCUGGAGCGUGGACAAGUCCUACUGGAACGAGUUCCUGGUGAUGUGCACGCUGUUCGGGCUCGCCGUAGUACUCCUCGUUUUAUUCUUCCUCUACCGGCACCGGGACGGCAUGAAGGUCUUCCUGAAGCCGGGGGAGUGUGCCAGUGUGCACCCCAAGACCCGCCCUGUGGCGCUGCCACCUGAGACCCGCCCCCUCAAUGGCAUAGGCCCCCCUAGCACCCCGCUGGACCACCGAGGCUACCAGGCCCUGUCAGAUAGCCCCCCAGGGCCCCGGGUCUUCACUGAGUCAGAGAAGAGGCCACUCAGCAUCCAGGACAGCUUCGUGGAGGUGUCCCCAGUGUGCCCCCGACCCCGGGUCCGCCUGGGCUCCGAGAUCCGUGACUCCGUGGUGUGAGUGCUAACAGAGGAGGCUGCCCUGGCGUCCGGGGCGUGAGUGCUCAGAAGGGUCAGCUGCGCCCACUCUGCUCUGUGUGGAACACAGCCAGGGUGCCGGCUGGCCUGCUGCUCCUCAGCCAAGUCGUGCGUCCCCUCCAGCCCAGGCUGCUGUGGCCAAAGGUCCUGGCUGAAGAUGGCGCCUGCCUCUGUGGGCGGAACAGUGGUCCUUAUGUAAACUGAGCCCUUUGUUUAAAAACAACUCAAAAUGUGAAACUUCAGUGAGACGGAAGAAAGACAACACGGCAUGCCACACACAUGGCCACUCCAGUCCUUGGCCGCCCAGCCUCGUGGCCUCCUGGGGGCACUGGGGACUGGUCCAAGGUGGCAGUUUAAGACAGAAUUGGAAACUCUUCACAACUGUCCUCCCCCACCUUCCACCCUAUCUAUCCUGCUGUCACAGGCUGCCGUUCUAACUGCAGGGCCGGGCCAGCUCUGGCCUCACCAGCCUGCUGAGGACUUAGGCAUUGCAGCCAUCGUCCCACCACCUCAGGGACCAGGGGGCUAGUCUGGCACUGCAGCCUGCACCAGGCCCUGGCUAGGACCAAACUCCUGGACCUUUCCAGCCUGUAUCAGGCUGUGGCCACAUGGGCUAGAAGGCAGCGUGAGCCCAGGAGAGAGCUGGCAACGUACACCUUCCCCUCAGGAUUCAAGGAAGAGCCUGCCGCCUGCCUUCCUCCACCCCAGCCGAGAACCUGCGUCCCUUCCCGCCACGUCCACCCCAGCCCAAUCUUUGAACUCAGACGCAGGGAAUUCACUGCACCCUUCUCCCCAGGUGACCCCUCACCUGCCUCCACUAAGGGAUAUCAACACUGCCUGGCACAGGGGACCUGAAUUUAUGUGGGUUUUAUAUAUUUUUUAAUAAGAUGCACUUUACCUUUGUUUUUUUAAUAAAAUCUGAAGAAUUAUUGUUUAACCAUG